UUAGGUCAAGGUUUCUCUAACUUGUGGGGACAUUCAACACCUUCCUCGAGUUGUUCUACAGGUCGUUGCCAAUGAUUCGGAUAAAGGACCGAACUCUGAACUGGAGUAUUCACUAUGCUUUGACAAUGAUACCCAGCUCCUUAUGAGCGGCAGAAAGCAAGAGGACAAUAAGACGGCGCUGAUGUCCGAUACUCCCUGGUUCGAGGUCGAUCCGCGCUCGGGUGAGAUCAGCCUUGUUGCCGUGGAUGAGCUGCUCUCACGUUGUGAGACUACUGAGAAGCGUACAAAACGCGAGCUAGGUAGGUAUGGCCUCAUCAUCAGUGCCACGGACAAGGGUGAACCAAGGCUAUCGGCUACUACAUCGGUUCAAGUCCGUUUUACUAUCUCUGAUCAGGAAAAUACAGAAGAGGUAGGAGAAUUUGCAGUCGCGGUGAAAGUUUUCACUUGCUUACUCGAAUCGGCUAAAGUGGAAAUGAAAAGCGGAAUGCAUAAAUGA